ACCUCUUCUCUUCUCUCUCACACGCUACACUCUCUCCAUUCUCUCUCUUUCUCGUGCUCACCCUCUCUCGCGGAGCGGGAGGAGGGGGGCGAGGCACCCAGUGAAGGAAGAGCCAGCGCGCUGUACGCACCUGCACGCCGACACGGAACAACCGUGCCGCUUCGCUCCCUGACGAUGGUGGUUUAAAAAAAAAAAAAAAAAAAAAAAAAAAAAGGACCUCACCCCCUCCUCUUUUUCUUGGUUACUGGACCCCCUCGCCCCCACCCCUCCCAUCCCAUCCCGCGAGAAGAGCUCGAACGCAGCAAAAUGUUGACGAGGCUUUUCAACGACCCCUCGCUGCUCCCCGACGUGCAGAAAUAUUCCGGGUGGGCUGACGACAGCGACGACGACAAGAUCAAGGACGACGACGGCGACACGCGGGACAAUAUGGACGCCUCCUCCGAUCUACGGGGCAGCAGCCGGACCCAAUCGGAGCACGCCGGCGAGGAUGACGACGAUGACGAGGAUGACGACGGCGCCGAGGACGACGAGUGCGACGGCGACGACACGGAGGGCGAGCGGCCCAAGAAGCGGGGCCCCAAGAAGCGCAAAAUGACGCCGGCCCGCAUCGAGCGCUCCAAGAUGCGCCGCGUCAAGGCCAAUGCCCGCGAGCGCACGCGCAUGCACGACCUCAACUCAGCGCUGGACAACCUGCGCAAAGUGGUGCCCUGCUACUCCAAGACGCAGAAACUCUCCAAAAUCGAGACUCUGCGCCUCGCCAAGAACUACAUCUGGGCCCUUUCGGAGAUCCUGCGCUCGGGCAAGCGGCCGGACCUGGUGGCCUACGUGCAAACCCUGUGCAAGGGUCUUUCGCAGCCCACCACCAACCUGGUGGCCGGCUGCUUGCAGCUCAACUCGCGAAACUUCCUGACGGAGCAGCAGUGUCCCGAGGGGGGGCGCUACGGCUCGGGCUCCUUCUCCAUGCACUCGUACCCGUACCAGUGCGCUAGGUUGUCCAGCCCGCAUUGCCGCCAGGGUUCGAACUCGCACCCGCUGGGUUCGCACGGCUACUGCCCCGCAUACGACUCGACUUAUGGCGGCGGCGGCGGGGGUGGUUCCCCGGAGUACAACAGCCCCGAGUACGAGGGGCCCCUCAGCCCGCCGCUCUGCGUCAACGGGAACUUUGCCCUCAAACACCAAGGCGCAGCGUCGCCCGACCACGACAAGGCGUACCACUACUCUAUGCACUACUCGGGUCUGCCCGGUUCCAGGCCCGGUGGCGGAGGCGCCCACAACUUGGUGUUCGGCUCUUCAGGGGCCCGCAGUGGCAUUCACUCGGAAAACGUCCUGCCUUACCACGACAUGCACUUGCACCACGAGCGCGCACCCGCCUACGACGAACUCAACGCCUUUUUCCACAACUAAGCCCAAGCGAGAGAGCGCCCCCUUGCUGCCCACAAUCUUUUCUCACGCUUUGUUUAUUUGACUUUUAUUUCUUGUUGUUUGCAAUCGUCAGGGAAACGAGAGCCGUGAAAACAUGUGCCACCACUCCACACAGAGUUGUAUUUUACACUUUGAUUUUCAAAGAGGUGCAAGCGUUCAUCCGCGAGAUUAUAAAAUCAUUCAUCGUUUAAAUACCUUUUUUUGUGUGUAAAAAUUGUCCAAAUCGUCAGAAUUAUAGCGCCUCAACAGUAAAUAUUAUGUCUGUACGCUGUAAAAAAACAACAACAACAAAAAACAAUUUGGGACAAAUUAAAAUUUGUUUUACAUUUAUGGCAACAAUGCUAUAGUUAGCACAACAAAGCAAUCAAACUCUUUUCUCCAAAAUAAUUUGCUUAGUUUCCUUUUUUAUCUUUAAGUUUUGGGGCACAAUAAAAGGGAAAAUUGUUCUGCAAACAUCUUUGCUGUGAAAUGCAGGAAAAACAUUUUUUUUAAUCAUUCACCCAACUUCAAUUUUGUUGCAUUGAAAAUUUUAGUACACCUAACUUUUUCUAACAUUGUAAUUGUCCACAAUCUUUGUUUUAAAUAUAAAGACAUUUGCUUUUAUUUUGAAAAUAAGAUCAACAUUUUUUCAGUCCAAACAAGUUACACACCAAACAAGUAACUGAAUGAUAAACGUGUGUGCAUUUUUACCACUGUCGAUCUGAAGUAAUGUCCUGUUUUUCAAAGAAUGCAUAGACAUUUAUAAAAAAUCAUUUUCAAAAUCCAGAUAACCGAUUAACCAGCAAAUUAAUCGAUUAUAAAAAUAAGAGAUAGUUGCAGCUCUAUUUCAAAGAGGAAAAAAAAUGUACUUUGCGUUUGUGUUGGUGCUUGUUUUCUUUAUUUUGGCCACUGGAGAAUCAGAGUAAAAAUGUACACUGUACUAUAUGAACAUUUGCAGGAGGUUGUGUCAGAUGUUUAUUCAUUUUCCUUCAAUUUCUAUUUUAUUAAAUUAUCUAACAGCUUUGAGGGCUGUCUUUAUCUUUCCUUCUCUGAAAUCUGUUGUUUGGCAUCUAUGCAAAAGCAGACACAAAAGCUUUUUGUCGGUUUUCCAUCUGUCCUUUACUCUUGCUCUUUAACUGACCCAUUACUUGCUUUUUACUUUUUUUUAUUUAUUUAACAAAUUAUUUAUUAUUGCUGCUGCACGUCUAUUUAUUAUUGUGUUUACCCUGUAAUUAAUGUGAAUAGUCAAUGAAACGAAGGGAUCCCCAUGCUGAUUAAUUUUUCCAUCCAGUCUUUCAACUUUGUAUUCAACCAAACUGUGUGGCAUAAGAAAAAAAACUACAAUAAAAUGAUCAACUGG